AUGGCCGCACGCGCGGCCCGCGACCGCGCCGCACGCCGCGACGGCGCGGCCCAGCGCCUGCCCUGCGCGGUGCGUGCGCGCGUCCGCGCACGCGGGCCGCGAGCGCGCCCGGCGGCCGCGCGGAGGCACCCAGCGGCGCCGCUGGGCGCCGCUGCGCGCACGGCGGGCCUCGCGGCCCUCGCCUCCCUGGCGCUCCUGGGCGCCCCGGUGACCGCAGACGCGAUCGAGACGGUGCCCCCGUCGCAGGUCGCCGACAAGGCCAAGCCGCUGGCGCAGCAGCCGGUGGACAAGAACAAGGUCUGGCUGCUCAUGGGCGGCCUGUCGCUCAGCGUCUUCUCCGCCACGCUCGUCGUCGAGAACUCCGUCGUCGGGGCCAAGCUCUUCCCCGCCGUGUCGCGCGCCAACCGGGCGAUGCGGAUGCGGAGCAAGCUGUCCGACGAGGAGGAGGACCAGGUGGUCAUGGGGGGCGACGUCGACGUGGAGCCCGUGCCGCCGCCGGAGCUCCCGCCCGUGUCGAUCGCGUCGAGCACCGAGGCCGCCGUGCUCGAGGGGCUGGGGUCGGCGAGCCGGCGGAAAGCGGAGCGGCGGGCAGCCGCGCAGAACGGCGAGGGCAGCGGGGCCGCGAACGGCGCGGGCGAGAUGGCGGGCGAGGCGACGGGCGAGGCGACGGGCGAGGCGACGGGCGAGGCGGCGGCGGGCAACGUGCCGGCGGAGCUCAAGGCGGACGACGACGCGGAGGACGUUGGCGUGCAGGAGGGGGGGAAGGCAGAGGAGGGGGGCAUUCGGGUGGAGUCCGCGGCGCCGUCCCUGGGGGAGCUGUCGACAGAGGACCUGGAGAAGCUCGUGGCGAAGAAGCGGGGCGGCAGCUGA